ACGGUACUGUUUAUUCUACGCUGUUCGAGUUAAGAAAGCGUGCAUCGCGUGCAUUACAUUUCGAUAGUUUCAUAGUAAAGAAAUACCUAUUGGACCAAUGUUUCGUGACGUAAGAUAAUGGAAGACGAUUUCACAAGUUUUUAUCAGCGUGUCAUCGAAAUCAAUCAUCGGACGUAAUGUGACUACUUGUGUCUUGGGUUUAGGGCAUACUUCCCAUUCCAUUUACUUUCUCGUAAAAGUGUGUGGGAGGGACAUACAAUGAAAACUGUUGCUUAGUGCAUAAAAAUGUAAAAUGCGUACACUAUGCAACUACGCGUCAGUGGUCGUGAUUUGGUAGUGGAAGUUGACAAGAAGUGUGAAGUAAUACAUUUGCAAUAAUGAACGAAAUCAUAAUGAAUGGCACAAACAUGCAGUAUUGAUAGUUUCAAUACGAGAUGAGUGAUUCAUAAACCGGGCUAGUGAGGCUCUAAACAUAUAACGAUCAAACAAAAAGGCACGAAAAGAGUGAAGAGACUUGACAAUAUUAUUCGGAACAAGAUCAUUUAGUGUGUUGGAUCGAAUCAAAGUGUUUAAAAUUGUGACAGAUUCACGAAUCUUCCAAACUCAAAAUGAGUGAACUCGUCGGUGCAGCGUUCGGAUCAGUGGCCACAGCAGCCUCGAGCGUUGGUUGGUUUGUACCGAUGCUGGUUGCAGCCAUUGCCUAUUUCCAGUAUGAGGAGUUCAUGGAUCCGGAGGCACGUGUUAUUGACGUCCCCACAGAAAUUAUGCUGGACAAGUAUGAUUUUAUAAUUAUAGGAGCAGGAUCUGCCGGAGCCGUGCUGGCUAAUCGUUUAACCGAGGUAGAGAAUUGGAAUGUGCUACUACUGGAGGCAGGAGGCGAUGAGACGGAGAUAUCCGAGGUACCGUUAAUGGCGGGCUAUCUACAGCUCAGUAAGCUGGAUUGGAAAUACAAAUCGGAGCCGUCAGGAACAUUUUGUUUAGGAAUGAAUGGCGGACGAUGCAAUUGGCCGCGUGGUAAAGUACUUGGAGGAUCGAGUGUACUCAACUACAUGCUCUAUCUGCGUGGAAACAAGAAAGACUAUGACAACUGGGAAGCAAUGGGUAACACCGGCUGGGGUUACAAGGAUGCACUUUAUUACUUUAAAAAGUCGGAGGAUAACACCAAUCCUUAUCUGGCCAACACACCUUAUCAUUCGACCGGCGGCUAUCUUACGGUUGGUGAAGCACCGUACCAUACACCGCUGGCGGCAGCUUUCGUGGAAGCGGGCGUAGAGAUGGGUUAUGAAAACAGGGACCUAAAUGGUGCGAAGCAGACCGGCUUCAUGAUCGCGCAAGGUACGAUCCGUCGAGGAGGACGCUGCAGUACCGGCAAAGCGUUUCUUCGUCCGGCACGUUUGCGGCCCAACCUACACGUGGCGAUGUUUGCCCACGUGACACGUGUUAUGAUUGAUCCGAUCAGUAAGAUCGCGUUCGGAGUGGAAUUCAUACGCGAUCGAAAGCUACAUCAUGUGCGUGCUUCCAAGGAGGUGAUCGUAUCCGGCGGCUCAGUCAAUUCCCCACAAAUUCUGAUGCUCUCGGGCAUUGGGCCGAAAAGUGAGCUGGCGAAGCAUCGGAUUCCGUUGAUCAAGGAUAUGCCGGUUGGUGAAAACCUGCAGGACCAUAUCGGACUCGGUGGGCUUACGUUCAUGGUAAAUCAACCGGUGUCGAUAGUGGAGAACCGGUACCACUCGAUGUCGACCGUGUUACAGUAUGCGGUACUGGGACAGGGUCCGCUCACAAUUCUUGGAGGAGUAGAAGGACUCGCCUUCGUAAGCACGAAGUACGUGAACGCGACUGAUGACUAUCCGGACAUUGAGUUCCACUUUGUGUCUGGCUCAACCAACUCGGACGGUGGCAAUCAGCUGCGCAAGGCACACGGACUAACGGAAACGUUUUACAACGCGGUCUUCAAACCGAUCAACAACAUGGACGCGUGGAGUAUCAUACCAAUGUUGUUGCGACCGCACAGCGUCGGAACGAUAAAGCUACGGAGCAGUAAUCCCUUCGAUUAUCCCUACAUUUAUCCGAACUAUUUGAAUGAUGAUCGUGAUAUGCGUACACUCAUCGAAGGUGUGAAGAUCGCGUAUGCCCUAUCGCGAACACAAACGAUGCAGAAAUAUCAAUCGACACUUAGUGCGUACAAGUUUCCGGGAUGUGCGCACAUCCAGAUGUUCACUGAUCUGUACUGGGAGUGCAUGAUUCGGCACUAUACGUGCACGAUCUACCAUCCGGUCGGUACUUGCAAGAUGGGCCCAUACUGGGACAAGCAGGCAGUCGUUGAUCCGCAGUUGCGUGUAUACGGUUUACGCGGGCUACGCGUAAUCGAUGCCAGCAUUAUGCCAAAGCUCGUCAGUGCCAACACCAAUGCACCGGUUAUCAUGAUAGCAGAGAAGGGUGCGGACAUGAUAAAAGACUUUUGGAUCAAACGAGGCGUUGCAUAGAAUACACCGAUCCAAUAGUCCGCUCUCUAUCCUCACACCAUCAUAAUGUAAAAAUAAUUUCCCUCCCAAGCGAUAGUAAUGUGAUGAACGAUAAUUUUUACUUUUACGUGAGCGAAUGUAAUGAAUGAAUGUGUAUAUGACUAUGCAAUAAGAAACCUAAUUUAUAUACCAACCAUUAGUAAUAAUUACAAAGGAAAAAGCAAAUUUAAUAAA